AUGCAAUUGAGUGCUAUCCUUCCAAUACCUGAUGAAUGGCACGGUACUGAAUAUGCAUCUCAUCAGACUGGUCAGACUACCGGUACUGAUGUCGCAACACUGUCCAUGCCGGAGUCCUGGGUCAGAGGUGCCAUGCUUGUUCGAUGCAAUUCUCUUCUUCGAGGGCAUUCGGCGGUUCGCCUUGACAUCAUUAGAAACGUUCUCGAGCUCCUGAAACAUGACCUGGUCCCACUUGUUCCCCUACGAGGCAGUGUUUCCGCAUCGGGAGACCUUUGCCCGCUUUCAUAUAUUGUAGGUACGCUUGAAGGCAACUCAGAUAUAAGGGUCUGGUGCGGGAAGGGCAGAGGUCGCAAGUUACUCCCAGCAGACGAAGCCUUGAGAUCCAUUGGAUUGACCCCUGUGCGAUUUGGACCGAAGGAGAUUUUUGGGCUGUUGAAUGGCACUGCGUUCUCGGUUUCAGUUGCAACUCUCGCACAUUAUCAAGCAGAGAAUCUGGCGAUGCUUGCUCAGAUCUUGACGGCGAUGGGAGUUGAAGCGUUAUUGGGCACCGCCGAGAGUUUCGAUUCGUUCAUCGCCUCUGUCCGGCCUCAUCCAGGACAAAUGGAAGCAGCAAGAAACAUUCGCAUAUUCCUCAAAGGCUCCAAGCUUGCCCAUUUCCACCACGAGGAGACUGGCCCAGGUCGUUUGAGACAAGAUCGAUACGCAUUGAGAACGAGCAGCCAAUGGCUAGGACCUGGAAUCGAAGAUAUGGCCCUCUCUCGUCGUCAGCUUGAGAUCGAACUGAAUUCCUCUACCGACAAUCCUCUUAUCGACGUGAAAAACAAGCAAAUCCAUCAUGGAGGCAACUUUCAAGCCGCCUCGGUCACUUCAUCGACUGAGAAAACUCGCACAGCGCUGGAGAAAAUUGGCAAGAUGAUUUUCGCUCAAAGCUCAGAGCUUCUCGAUUCUAAACUUGCCCAUAAUCUCCCACCUAAUCUGGCAGUCGACGAGCCAAGUCUUUCAUACCCAAUGAAAGGCGUUGACAUCAACAUGGCAGCGUACAUGUCGGAGCUUGCAUAUAUCGCCAAUCCCGUCAGCAACCAUGUGCAUUCCGCAGAAAUGAAUAAUCAAUCGCUGAACAGUUUGGCAUUGAUCAGUGCGAGGUACACGCAUACAGCUGUGGACCUGGUAUCGCUCAUGUCGUCAGCAUAUCUUUACUGUCUGUGCCAGGCUUUGGAUUUGCGAGCAAUGAAUGUGCAAUUUAUGGCCCGAUUAAGGCCAGAGGUCGAAUAUCUUACGUCAAAGACUUUCGGCACCACCACGCCUGAUCCUAAGUUGCACAACGCCAUCUGGGAAGUCUUACCAGAGUCGCUAGCAUCUACGCGUUCAAAAGAUUCCAACGAACGUUUCCAAAUCGUCGCUCAGUCGCUUCAACAUAUCGUCGUUCAGUAUAUAGCUACCGACACUCGUUUCUCAACCACACCACUGGAGUUACUCACGAAAUGGACUAGCAGUCUCGAAGACACGCUCAGAACUACCUUCUGCACUAACAGAACUUCGUACCUCGCCAACCCAGACGCAACGCCGUAUCUAGGUAAAGCUUCGAAAUGUAUGUAUCUGUUCGUAAGAAAAGAACUGGGUGUACCACUGCACAAAGGCGUUGUUGAUCAUCCGACUUAUGGCGACGUGAGUGCCGAGGAAAAGUUGGAGAAGCGAAAUAGCGGAAAUCGGAUUAGUUGUAUUUACCAGGCCGUGAAGGAUGGUAGGAUUGCAGGACCCAUUAUGGCAUGUUUAAAGGGUGAAGGCGAACGAGAAACAGAGGCUCUGCGUAUUGGGGUCAAGGCGAGGUUGUAA